AAUAUCAGGGUAGCAAGCCAAGAAGGCGUCAUGCGACAGCGUAUGUAUAUACAGUAUAGAUGUAGCGCGGUAGCCAAGACUACACAAUACAAGUAGAGAAAGCUUGUCCAAGAUUGAUGCAGCACGCACGACCGUCACCACCAAGCCUAGCCAAGAGGAAACAGCCGCCCGCGUCCGAAACAAACCAAGUCUUCAUGCGCCGCCGCAAUGCCGACCAUCCCUGGCCCCCGUGCCCCAAGUCUUUGUGUAUGCUCCGCAUCAUUAUAGUGGUAAGAGGCCAGCCGAUUCGGCGCCGACAUUAGAAAAUGAGGAAAAUAAGAAAUUGCCUUCGUUUGUGGUUGUCGACAAAACGAUGCUGCUACUGCUAUCGAGCACGUCAACUGACGCGCGCGACAGACAGCAGAGUCCGUUCCAUGCCAGCCCGAGCCGAAUCAAUGAGGUGUUGGAGGAUUGAUUUAGAGGGCGGCGAUGAGGCCGGCGACGGCGAGGACACCGCCAACGAUGGGCUUGAGCAUCUCACCCUCGCCGGUGGCGGGGACGGGAGUCGGGGUGGAGGCGGAGGUCCAGGCAGAGGUGGUGGUGUUCCACGCAGCAGUGGUGACGGCAGCGGGAGUGGUCCACGCGGAGCUGGUCCACGCAGGGCUGGUCUCAGAGGACCAGGCGGAGGUCUCGGAGCCCCAGCCAGUGGUCUCGGAGCCCCAGCCGGUGGCAGUGGCGGCGGCGGUGGUCCAGGCGGACUCGGCGGAAGACCAGGCGGAGGCGGCGGGGGUCUCGGUGCCCCAGCUGCCAGUCUCAGUGCCCCAGGAGCCCUCACUGGAGUGAAGCGUCAGCAAUUGAAUCGAGUUUCCCCAAGCACGCGACCGCGCGAUGACUUACGACCAGGUUCCGCUGGGCGGGCCCCACUGGGCGACGGCAAGGCCAGCAAAGGCGGCGACGGCGAUGACAGACUUCAUUUUGAUGGUGGAGGGUUUGGGUGUUUCGAAAAACGAAUGUUUGGGGUAUUAGAUGUAGAGUGAACGAAAGACUGGGCAGAGAUGCGUGU